UACCUUACUCAGCUCCACAUCGAUGCCUUCAGCCAAUUCCACAUGACGCUCUCCUCCCUUCUUAGUCACAGUUGCCACGGUCCUGCGCUGCUCACUAACGGCCACACACCAUGAGCGAAAGCCGGCGCAGUUCCAUAUCCAGCGUAUGGUCUGACGACAACCAAGCCCCGUGUUCCCGUUAUUCCCUUCCAAGAGCCUCUUCUCGAUUCUGGAAAUACGCCACUUUGCUUAUUCUGGGCUUUGGUGCCAUCUUCCUUUUCUCGACAAGAACAUCCGUCUCAAGCAAAUUCCUACCUACACAUGUUCCGCAUCUUGGUUCCGUUUCCGCAUCGUCUGCAUCUGCGCUGUCAUCACAGUCUUCCCCACGCAUCGGCAAAGUAACAGCCUCAUUCGGGCCGGAAGAUCCCGUCUAUGAAGCCGCCAUCGCUUCUCACCAGGUCCACAAUGACCUCUACGGGUACCCUGAGUUCAUACUGCGCGAACGCAUGCUGCCUGGUCUUUGGUCCAAACAUGCCUUCCUGCUCGCGAUUCUUGGAGCUGAACUUGCUAAACCGGCUGCGGAACGGCUGGAUUGGCUUUUCUGGCAUGAUCGCGACACCAUCUUGAUGAAUCCGAAUAUUCCGUUGCAAGUCUUCUUGCCACCGGAUCAAAAGGUUAAUCUAGUGGUGACGAAUGAUCGGCAUGGUCUUAACAACGGCGUCUUUUUCAUCAGAGUAAACGAGUGGGCGAUACGUCUCUUCUCGGCAGCAUUGAGCCUGAAGGAGUAUGAUCCUGAUAUACAGUUGAAGUAUAGUGAGCAGAGUGCUAUGGAAGAAACUAUCAGACGUCCAUACUUCUCCUCGGCCGUUGCUUACGUGCCUCAACGGUGGUUCAAUGGCUUCCCACCCAAUCCAGACAAGCCCGGUAAACCGCCAUUAGCGCGUCCUGCAUCUCUGCUCAUCCACUUCGCCUCAAACAGAGACGGGAAGCGUCCAGAGAGGAUGGCUUACUGGGGCGGUGUAGCGCGGAGCAAGACGAGUGAGUGGACGAGACCACUCAACGAGACAGGCUAUCCGGCCGAGAUAGAAGAGUACUGGGCGAGAGUGAAGAAAGGAGAGGAUGUUGAGACUUUGUGUAAGGACAUUGGAGGCAGGGUUUGGAGUUAACGCCCUCCUAUCAUUGACGUUGCGGUUGUGAACUUUGACAUGAAUAGAAGUAUAGAUUUCCCGAUUCGAACGAAUAU